AUGGCCGAAUCUGUAGCCAAGUUUUCCCAGGAGCAAAUUGGCCCGAAGGUUCGAGAAAUGGAUGAAGCCGAAACUAUGGACCCUGCGAUUGUUGAGCAACUCUUCGAACAAGGAUUAAUGGGCGUGGAGAUUCCGGAGGAAUAUGGUGGAGCCGGCAUGAACUUCACAUCUGCCAUCGUUGGAAUUGAGGAGUUGGCUGGGGUCGAUCCCAGUGUCAGCGUGAUGUGCGACGUCCCCAAUGCCUUGGGCUACAAAUACGCCAUUAAUUUGUUGAACGAGGGUCGCAUUGGUAUCGCGGCGCAAAUGACUGGUCUCGCCCUGGGUGCGUGGGAAAACGCUGCCAAAUACAUCUGGAACGACCGCCGCCAAUUCGGCCAACUGAUCGGUGAAUUCCAAGGUAUGCAGCACCAAGUCGCACAGGCAUAUACUGAAAUUGCCGCUGCCCGUGCUCUCGUCUACAACGCCGCCCGCAAGAAGGAAGCCGGCCAAGACUUCGUGCAGGACGCCGCUAUGGCGAAACUGUACGCCUCGCAGGUUGCUGGGCGCGUUGCGGGUUCCGCGGUCGAGUGGAUGGGCGGCAUGGGCUUCGUCCGUGAGGGCAUCGCCGAGAAGAUGUUCAGAGAUUCCAAGAUCGGAGCUAUCUACGAGGGAACGAGUAAUAUCCAGCUCCAGACGAUUGCUAAGAUGCUGCAGAAGCAGUAUACGCAAUGA